AUGAACAUCCUUACUGCCAUACAAUUCAUUGCUCGAGCGUGGAGAGAAGUAUCAACAGAAACUAUUCGAAAUUUCUUUCGACACACAGGAAUUCUUCCAGUUGAAGAUGAAGAUAGUGAUGAAGAAA